ACUUAGAUGAAAUAAGUUACAAACGCCCAAGGGCAGAAAUGGGGCAAUGUUUCGUUAAAUGGAGUUGUCAGGAUUAUCCGUCUGCGCCCAACCGCGACAGGCGCGCGCGCCACACCGCGACAGGCGCGCGCGCCCCCGCCGCCCUCCGCCUGGAACUCGGCGCCUCUCGAAGCGAAGGCGUGUGUGUGUGACGCAGUCGCCAUCGCCUAGGGCUGCGUUCUGAUGCAGAAGCCCGUGAAGCCCUGGUGCCCGACCGCGCGGUGAGCCGCCCGGGCCUCAGUUUCCCGACUUCUAAAGAAGGGGAACCAUGCCGCCCUGUUUCUUGUUCCUCUCUAAGCAGAUCAGCAGUUCGCUAGUGUCCCUGCGCAGCGCGCGUCGAGGCUUCGCGCUCCGACCGCUCUGGGUCUCCUGGCGCCCCUCGGGUCCCCAGCCCGCCGCCCCCCGCCGCCCGCUGGCCGCAGCCACCUCCUCCCGGGACCCUGCCGGGCCCACCUCCGCCCCCUCCCGAGUGCGGCAGAACUUCCACCCCGACUCCGAGGCCGCCAUCAACCGCCAGAUCAACCUGGAGCUCUAUGCGUCCUAUGUGUACUUGUCUAUGGCCUAUUACUUCUCCCGAGAUGACGUGGCCCUGAACAACUUCGCCAGAUAUUUCCUUCGUCAGUCUCGGGAGGAGACCCAGCACGCCGAGAAGCUGAUGAGGCUGCAGAACCAGCGGGGAGGCCGGAUCUGCCUGCAGGACAUCAAGAAACCUGACCUGGACGACUGGGAGAGCGGGCUGAAUGCCAUGGAGUGUGCGCUGCUCUUGGAAAAGAAUGUGAACCAGUCGUUGCUCGAAUUGCACACUCUGGCCUCAGACAAAGGUGACCCCCAUUUGUGCGACUUCCUGGAAACUCACUAUUUGAAUGAACAGGUGAAAUCGAUCAAAGAACUAGGUGACCACGUGCAAAACUUGGUUAAGAUGGGGGCCCCGGCUUCUGGCCUGGCAGAGUACCUCUUUGACAAGCACACCCUUGGAAAUGAAAACGAUCACAACUAAGCCACAGGCUGCCUUCCUUGCUGCCCAUGGUGUGCCAAGACCCAGAGUCAGCUGACUCCUGCUUUCUUGCCCUUAAAAUGCACCUCCACCUUUAUAUCCUGUUAAACUGUCCCAAUCAAGUGACUUGUGGAGAAAAUGUAUUUAGCCUCCAGUUAACAAGGGCUUUUUUUUUUUUUUCUUCCUGUCCAACAUCAAGAUAAUUUUUCUAACCUGUAAAGUAGCCCAGGAUACUAUGGUAUAAAAAAAGACUGGGAAACAGCUACUGAAAAGUAGAUACAAACUUUCUCCAGUUACCAAAUAUUAUUCCAGACCAUGAGCCUUCACUAAAAUUCUGUGAUCUUCUACUGAACAAGUGCCUGUUAUUUUCAAGACUUUAUGCUAAAGGCUAAAAUUGGGAAGAUGUGUAAGAUAAAUAUACAAACAACUAUAACAAGUUGAAGAAUAUGUAUAGUACUAUAAAGUACUGUGAAAACCAUACAUGAAAAAUUCUGUGACAACGUUUACCCUUUCCCGGUAUUUUCCAAGAAAAAAAUAAUGUCUGGAGAUGAUCUGUUUCUAAAAGAUUUUGUGAUCAAAUUCAAGGAAAGCUACACAAAGUGUCGAUACUGGCCUUAGGAAGUUAUGACACAUAUGAACAUUUUAAGGGCUCUGGGAAGUCUGAGAAUUAAAAACAUCUUGGAUUA